AUGCAGCGAGCGCAAUCCAAACCCGUCGCCAACGGCGAAAGGCAUCGCAUGUCGAUCUUCGCCGAGGUUGGGCUCGUGGAUCAGGAUCGGCUGCGUGAGGAAAGGAGCCCAGUCAGGACACAUGGACAUUUGUUGAAGCAAAUGCGACCGGCCAAGAUGCUGCGCUUUCGGAGUCGCAACGAUGUCAUUAAUGAGAGACAACCACAGGAAGACGAUGGAAGCGACUGGGAGUCUGUUGAUGGCGACGAGGACGACCACAAGGAAGCGACUGCGCCCAUCACCCCUCUUGUACCUACGCAAUAUACCAUAUCGACGAAGCUGUGUCGCUUAGGCUUAUUAAGUCUUGUACUCGCGAUUAUGCUGCCCAUUCUGUCGAUGAAUCCAAUGUCUCGGAUAGGAGUCGUGGGAACCAUCAUCCCAGAGGACGGAAACCGGCCGAAUUCCCAAGCCAUGACGCUUGUCAAACGAGAGGAUUCACCCGUCGACGUGUGCAAGCGCUGGAGCGGGCAAAGCACCAUUGUCAAUGGAACGCUGUACAUGUACGGUUUCCGCACCACCACUGACCAGAAACAAACCGACAACACUUGGACCAACCAUUUCCUCUCCCUCGAUCUCACCAAGUCAUGGCAAGUCUCAGGCCCCUCCCUCACAGGCCUUCCUAUUCCCUCUGGUCCACCGGCCGUCUCUCUUGGUCAACUCUGGUCCUCACACACUUCACUUUGGCUUUACGGCGGCCAAUACUCUGAUUCUCCCAAGAAAGCACCUGGGCCCAACUCGAUCUGGGAGUAUAAUAUCGGCAGAAGGGAAUGGAUUGAGCACAAGGACCCGAAAACAAGUGCUGGCCAAAACGCAGAGGGCGAUGGACAGAGCGUGCAGCGUGCGGCCGAAGGUGCUGGCUUUAGUGUUAGCACACUUGGAAGAGGCUGGUACUUUGGCGGCCAUCUGGACGACUUCACGACAGAAGGGUGGAGCAAUCAGGUUGCACGAGUUUACUUGAAGAGUCUGUUGGAGUUUACCUUUCCUGGAGAGACCAACAAUGCUGUGGAUAGCCUGGCAGGUGGCCAGACGGCUGGGCCAGAUGGCGUGUUUCGAAACAUCACCGAAGGUGGACUCCAGACUUCUGGAUCAUUUCCGUCUCGCGCUGACGGUGCACUUGUUUACAUUCCUGGAUUUGGCGCUGAGGGUAUCCUGCUUGGACUUACGGGUGGCGACAACGACACUUUUACGCAGAUGAAUGUCAUCGACGUCUACGACAUUGCAAACUCGACAUGGUACAAGCAGAGCACCGCAGGCGAUUUACCAGACUACCGCGUCAACACUUGUACCACCGUCGCCGCUGCUGCAGAUGGUUCUUCCUACAAUGUCUACAUGUAUGGUGGCCAAAACCUGCAGCCUGCCCAAGCCCAAACCCAAAAAUCCGAUAUGUGGAUCCUCUCCGUGCCCUCAUUCACCUGGAUCAAAGUCGACCAAGGCACCUCCCAACAGAGCGCGCCUCCCGCCCGCGCCGGUCAUCAAUGCCAUGUAUGGGACGGUCAGCUCAUUGUAGUCGGCGGCUACGUUGGUCAGGAAAUCUCAUGCGACGCGCCCGGAAUCUACGUCUUCAACAUGACGAGUUUAUCCUGGUCCAACCAAUUCACCGCCCUCACCGGUGAUCGGGCUACACAACCCUACACCGGUAAAGAAAGCGUGGGUAACCCGCUCGCCCAACAAGCCAACCAGCGUGGCUUUGGCGUGGACGCAGGACUAAGCGGAAGUUAUGGCUACGCCGUACCAGAGGCCGUCCAAAAAGUCGUAGGUGGCGGCCCAACAGGCGGCGCAACGCUCACCGCGCCCGUGCAAUCCGCCACCCUUGGUCCCCUUGCCACAGGAAGACCACAAACCUACACCGUCACUGGACCGGACGGCGCCACCAUCACCCAGGUCGUCGGCGGCUCCAACACCAACAAUCGCGGCUCCAGCGGCCCCAACGUCGGCGCCAUCAUCGCCGGCGUCAUCGCCGGCGUCUUCUUCGUUGUCGCAGCCUACUUUGCCUUUUGCGCCUGGAUCUACCGCAAGCAAGUCAAGAUCUGGAAGGCCCACGCGGCCAUGGUGACCACGCGCGCGAAUGCAGAAAAGCAAAACACAUUUACCGCAAGCUCGACCAAGGAUAGCAGUGAGCGCGCUGCGCGCACCACCCUCGGUGGCAGUUCCCACGGCGCCGCCGCAGGCAGUUUCGACGUGCAGCGCAUGACGAGUGCGGACAAUGCGGCUGCCGCGGCUGCCGCUGCGGGCCAGUGGGAUAGGCGGAGUAGUGUCGGCAGUGUGACGGAGGACUUGCUGGAUGGCAGUGAGCCUAGUUUCUGGGGCACGAGGGGUGUGCUAUUGAAUCCGAGGCGGAGUUUGAGGGUCAUUAAUCGGGAUUAG